CUCCUAUUGCUGGGUGUUAAGACUUAGCCACACUGUCAUGCAGAACGCACAGAAAGACCAACCACUGACAGGGGUAGGACGAUAAGUUAAACUCUCUGAAAACCGUUUAGUCCAGAUUAUGGCUGAGGACGUGAUUUACGCAACGCCCAACAUGAAGACCAAGGUCAGGUAUACACAAGGAGAGAGAGAGGAGAGGAUAGUGGACAUCUAUGCUAACCUGGAGAGCCUCGGAGAUCAACAGCAGCACUCUGUGGGGACAGAGGAGUCCUCCAAGUCUCUGGGAACAGGAAGAAGUCAGCGGCCGGACCCUGUGAGCCCUCCUUGGUGUCCUAUCAGGGCUGUGGUGGUGCUUCUGGGCCUGCUGUCUGUUGUCCUGCUGGCUGGACUGAUUGGGUUGGCCGUUAAAUACAAGACCGUCAUGGAGAAGACCGUAAGCAUGGACAGAGACAUGGAGCAACUUCUCCAAAGGCUGAAGAACGUAACAGAACAGAGAGACGCACUGCUUUGUAAACAGGAAUGUCCAGAUGGUUGGAAGAAGUUUGGUUGUAAAUGUUACAAGACUUCCGAUACGGGGCUAUCCUGGAAUGAGAGCAGGGAUUUCUGUGUUUCCCACAGAGCAGAUCUGGUGGUUGUGGACAGUAAAGAGGAGAUGGACUUCAUUAGCAGGUUGUACAACGUGUACUUCUGGCUCGGAGCGACAGAUACGGCCGGUGAAGGGACGUGGAGAUGGGUUGAUGGGACCGGCCUGUCGCUGGAUGACCCCUCCUGGAGCGGAGGGAGACCUCAGGGUGGUGGGGGCAAGAACUGCUUAAGGAGGGCCUGGGAGCAGAACCAAUAUAAAUGGACAGAUGUCAGCUGUGAAAUCAGAUACUAUGGGCUUUGUGCACAAAAUUUAAUGAAAUGAAUUAUUUUGGCCUUCUCUGUACACGUGCCUCUUCACUUGAUGCCAACAUACAUCGGCUGCUUUGUUUCAUACAUGUCUGAUUGGCUGCAAGUUGUUCAUUUAAAGGAGAUGAGAUGCACUGCUCACUGCAGGAGAUGUACAACGUUGUACAUAGAUGCUGUUCUUGUUCCUACUUGUAAAAAAAAUGUCAAUGUUUCCACAGUUGCUCUUGGUCCUAGAGGCUGAGGUUAGGAGGUAAAGAGUCACACAGUCAUUAAUUGGUCUUCAGCUGCUGCAAACCACACUAGUUCUCUAUCUAGGGCUGCCUUUGUCCCCUCAACGAUGUGAAGAUCACCCUUCAAAAAAUUGAAAUGUCAUUCAUAACAGAUGUGUUAAAAGCAGAUGUUGUAAACUAUAUUCAUUUUUAUAUUGAAUUAGCUUAGUUUUUUGCUUCUUUUUCGGGUAAAAUCCAUCACGGAAAAUGUUGUACGAUCUUUUGAAUGUUGUCCCCACUCUUAACCCAGUUCACUCUCCUUUUUAUUCACCUAAAAUGGCAAUAUUUUAAGGUGCUGUGUUUGUUCUCUUCAAACAGAAACAAGUUCCUCCUCAUUUCUAAGUAAAUUAGGAUAUCAGUGUAUAACCAUUGUAACACAUCAUUGAUAUCCAGAUAUCAACGAUGUGAUACCGGAUCACAAGCAAUGUUGGAGCGACAAAGACUCUUUCUUCAUGUUCACAUUUUCAUCUGUAUUGCAAUAAACUACAUUGUGUCCUUGA